AUGACAACCCUCAAGCCCGAGAGCCUGGCUCCCCAGCUGGCCACGGCCGACUUCAAGAGCAUCGAGCCCCUCCUCCUCCAGCUCGAGAAAUUCCUGACCCUGCGGACCUUCCUCGGAGGAUACUCCCUUUCCGCGGCCGACAAAGAAGUCUGGGCCUCCCUCUAUAGCAACAAGGUCGGCCUGGGACUCGUCCGCAAGGGCGCCUUUGCCAAUGUCAGCCGCUGGUACAACUACAUCGAGGCCGUCCACCCCGAGGUCAGGAACGACAUCACCGCCGCCGCCAAGGCCAAGAGCGCCGCCUCUGGCAAGAAACAGGGCGCAAACUACAACAUUGGUCUCAAGGGCACCCAGAAUGGGGUAGUUACUCGUUUCCCUCCCGAGCCUUCUGGGUACCUGCACAUUGGCCAUGCCAAGGCUGCCCUGCUGAACGACUACUUUGCGCACGAGGCCUUCGAUGGCAAGCUCAUUGUCCGCUUCGACGAUACCAACCCCCAGAAGGAGAAGGCUUCAUUCCAAGAUGCCAUCGUCGAGGACCUGCACCUGAUGAACAUCAAGGUUGACCUACAGACCCACACUAGCGACUACUUCCAGGAGCUGUACGAUCUCUGCGAGAAGAUGAUCAAUCUGGGCAAGGCCUAUGCCGAUGAUACCGACCCCGAGCAACAAUCUGCCGACCGAAUGAAGCGCCUCCCGAGUAAGCGACGCGACCGUCCCGCGGCCGAGAGUCUAGCGAUUUUCCGCGAGAUGAAGGCAGGCACCGACGCCGGCAAGGGGCACUGCAUCAGGGCACGGAUCCAGUACGACUCCAACAAUGGGGCCAUGCGCGACCCCGUCAUCUACCGCUUCCCCAACUGGAAGGGCGCUGAUCCUGCACCACACCACCGCACCGGCUGGACCUGGAACAUCUACCCUACCUACGACUUCGCCUGCCCCCUGGUCGACAGCAUCGAGGGAGUCACCCAUGCGCUGCGCACGACCGAGUAUGCCGACCGCAACGAGCAAUACCACUGGUUCAUCGAGGCGUUGAGCAUGCGGCAAGUCCAUCUCUGGGACUUUGCCCGUAUCAACUUCAUUAGGACAUUCCUGUCCAAGCGGAAGCUCACCAGGGUCGUCGACACUGGUCGAGUUUCUGGCUGGGAUGACCCGCGCUUGCCGACCGUUCGCGGUAUCCUACGUCGUGGAUUGACCGUGCCCGCGCUUAGAGAGUUCAUGUUGAAGCAGGGCCCAAGCCGCAACGUCGUCACCAUGGACUGGACCACCAUCUGGGCCAUCAACAAGCGCAUGCUGGAUCCUAUCGUCCCGAGACACGUUGCCGUUGAGAAGAAGGAUGUGGUUACUGUCACUUUGAAGGGCGGUCCUGAGACCCCCUACUCUGAAGAGAAGCCUAGGCACCCCAAGAACCCGUCCCUCGGCACGAGGACUGUUAGGUUCAGCAACAAGCUCAUUCUGGACCAGGCCGAUUGCGCGUCUUUCAAGGACAAAGAGGAGAUUACCCUCAUGGGCUGGGGCAACGCUAUUGUGAGGGACCAAAAGAAGACCGGUGAUGUCGUCACCGAGUCCGAGUUUGAGCUGCACCUCGAGGGUGACUUCAAGACGACCGAGAAGAAGGUGACCUGGCUCGCUGCCAACGAGGGCAACCUGGUUGAGGCUGAGCUGUGGGAGUUUGGGUACCUGAUCACCAAGGAUGUGCUUGAGAAAGACGACGAGCUUGAGGACUUCCUGGCGGAGAACACAUCGAGCAUGACUGAGGCCCUCUGCGACGCCAACCUGGCCUCACUCAAGGAUGGCGACUUCCUGCAGCUCGAGCGCAAGGGCUACUACAGGAUAGACAAGGCCGCUGGCAAGGGUCCUGGCGUGUCCACCAACUCCAACGGCUUCUUUAAUCGCAUGCAUUCUGCGGAAGCCACUCGCACUACUUUGUUGCCCGGCUACAGCGUUCCAAACGCAUCGUCAAACCAGAGAAGCGUCCGUGUUAUCGCAACCUCCGGUCUCCAUCUCGACGAGACACACUGCAAGAUGGGCAAAAUCGCCACCAUGGAGUACUUUCGGGUGCCGCCUCGAUGGCUGUUUGUGAAAAUUACGGAUGAGGCGGGCAACGUUGGUUGGGGAGAAGCGUCCCUCGAGGGCCACACACAGGCCGUAGAGGGUUGCCUCGAUGCCUAUUUCGAGCAGCACCUAGGUGCCGAGGCCGACGACAUCGAGCAGAUCUGGCAGAAGUCGUACCGCGCCGGCUUCUACCGCGGCGGGCCGGUCUUCAUGAGUGCCCUAUCUGGAAUCGAUAUCGCCCUGUGGGAUAUGAAAGCGCGGAAACUCGGUGUCCCAGUCCACCAGCUUCUGGGUGGGAAGUUGCGGGACAAGAUCAAGGUCUAUGCAUGGAUUGGAGGCGAUCGCCCUGGAGACGUUGAGAAACAAGCCCUUGCACGAAAGGCUCAGGGGUUCAAUGCCGUCAAAAUGAAUGCCACAGAGGACCUCGGCUGGCUCGACUCGCCGUCGGCUCUUGACGACUGCGUUGAGAGACUCAAGAUCGUCAAGGCCCUGUCAAUGGACGCAGGCCUCGAUUUCCACGGUCGCGUCCACAAACCUAUGGCCAAGCAGCUCGCGGCAGCACUGCAGCCUCACCGCCCCAUGUUCCUCGAGGAACCGCUCCUUUCCGAGCACAUCGGAGGUAUUAAGGACCUCCGAGCAACCAUCACCUGCCCGAUUGCUCUAGGCGAACGUCUCCACAGCCGAUGGGACGUACGGCCCUUCCUCGAGGCCGGGUGCGUCGAUAUUCUGCAACCCGACAUCUCUCAUGUCGGCGGCAUCUCUGAAAUGCGACGAAUUGCUGCAAUGGCGGAGGCGUACGACGUCGCUUUGGCGCCUCACUGCCCUCUGGGCCCCAUUGCGCUGGCGGCGAACGUUCAGGUUGAUGCGUGUAGUGCCAACUUUGCCAUUCAGGAAAUGAGUCUCGGCAUUCACUACAACACAGCUAGCGGAGGACAGCAGGAUCUGACGAGCUACACGCAUAACCCGGACGUAUGGAAGGUGACUGACGGUUACAUCGAUAUGCUCAAGGGCCCUGGCCUGGGCAUCGAGGUAGACGAGGAGCAGGUUAGGCGUUUCGCGAAGGAUUGCAAGCCAUGGGUCAGCCCAGGUUUUACUGGUCCAGGAGGCGAACUUCGGGAAUGGUGA